AUGCUUCACCAUCAUCAUUGUGUUGAUCCACAACGACGUGAAUAUCAAUCAUCAUUGUUCCGAAGGGAUUUUAUUUCGUUUUGGGGUGGCAAACCAUCAUCAUCUAACAACAGCAAUGAGAAUGCAAAAAACACAUCGGAAAAGCAAGCAUCUUCAACGGAUCCUUCAAAGGAAGAAGUAACAGGUAAGAACACCACAACGAGUACUUCUUCUUCUUCAGCGGGAUCGUCAUCAUCAUGGAUUGGAGGAAUUACGAGUGGUGUUCUCUCCACAGUCAAAGACACAGUUUCUUCCACAACCGAUGCUGUCAUGAACGCCAAUGUGAUUCAAUACAUCAAUGAUUUAAUUCAUUAUUUGAAAACAAUUAAUAUUACAAAAUUGGAAAGUGAAGCAAAAGAAAAAGCCUUAACGACUCUCCAACAUGCUUCACAGCAUCAAGAACAAGUAUCAGACCACAAUGAAGGUGAUGCAAAAACAGAGCAAGCUCGGAUUGAUAACGAAAACGAAAGAAAGCUUUUACUCUCCUUUAAGGACGUUUUUCAAAAUCAGGAUCAUCCCUUACAUCAUAUGAAUAUUGAAAAGAGUGGACUCUCCAAGCUAUUGAAUUUAAUACCCUUUUUCUCCUAUGUAGAAUUAAUGUUUAAAUAUGUUGUUUAUCAAACCAUGAAUUUAGUGUUUGAGGCUGUGGUGUAUGGAAACUUUCUAAGCAAGGAACAAAAGCAACAAGUGGUGAAUGAGUUUUCAAGUAUUAUUAUCAAAAAUUCACUGGAUCCAAUGUCUAUGGCCAUUGAGCUGGUGGAGUAUUCGAGCCAGAAACUGGGAGCUGAUGAGCAAGUUUCAAAGCAACUGGCCUAUGUCACUUCAUUGCUACCCUACAUGAAAAAAGUUGCAUCCUUUGUCAAAAAGUUUAAAUAA